UGCAGGUAGGGUGAAUGUGUAAAUCCAGGGAUACCCAAUACACAUCAGAACAUCGAGGGUGGAGAGCAAAGUGAGAUCAAGUUCCUAUUCAGACAACAGAUGAAUUAUUUAUUCAAUAGCAGCUCUGAGUCUUAUCUGUAGUGUUCUGUGAGGACUGGAUAUAUUACAGCACUAGCUUUCCAAUAUGCAGAAUAUUCAUUGCAAGUUUAUCUUCGUGAUAAGCGUGCUAUGGAGAGUCCCCGUGAUUCAGGCCCGGAAAGGUGUGAAGUGUGGGGGAGUGCUUUCCGCUCCUAUAGGCCAUAUAUUCAGCCCCAACUUCCCAAGAGUGUAUCCACCUUAUACUGAGUGCAGCUGGCUCAUCGUCGUGUCCGAGGGAUUCACCGUCCAGCUUAUCUUUCAGGAAUUCAACUUGGAGUUCCAUGACACCUGUGAAUAUGACUACGUCAAGAUUUACAACGGGGCCUCCAGGGAUGAAGGGAAUCUGUUGGGAACAUUUUGUGGUUCCCAGUUGCCCCCAAAUCUUACAUCAUCAUGGCACGUGCUGUCUGUUAUCUUUCAUUCAGACAAACACGUGGGAAGCACGGGAUUCUCUGCCACCUACAGGAAAGAUAUCUGUGGAGGAGUGCUCACUGGCCUUUCUGGAGUUAUUACCAGCCCUGACUACCCCGAUAAUUACCCCAACAAUGCGGAGUGCCACUGGCUGAUCCGGGCCGCCCCUCACACCAACAUCCGCCUGGUGUUCACAGACUUCCAGCUGGAGAGCCAGGAGUGUAACUUUGAUUAUGUUGCUGUUCUUGAUGGCAAUGGUAUUGAAGAACAAGUCCACCAUUACUGUGGUACCACCAAACCACCAGACAUCACAUCCUCCUCCAAUGAGCUGCAUGUGAUCUUCAAAUCUGACUUCAAUAUUGGAGCCAGGGGCUUCAAGGCUCACUUCUCAUCUGGUGAAUGUCAGGACGUGUUCAAAGCAGUGAAGAGCAAUAUCACCAGCCCUCGCUAUCCAGAAAUGUACCCCAAUAAUAUUAUCUGUCAGUGGAACAUCCAGUUACCCCCAGGCUUUCGUAUUAAGAUGUUCUUCCGAGACAUGGAGCUGGAGGAGAAGAACAGCUUGACGGAACAGUGUGAUUAUGACUAUGUGUCGGUUUAUGAUGGGCAAAAUGAAGGCAACAAACUUCUGGGAAAAUGGUGCGGUACAGAGAUCCCCUCACCAAUCAUGUCUAGCAAGAACAAUCUGCUACUGGUUCUCGUGACGGACAGAGAUACAGCCAGUAAGGGCUUCUCCGUGUUUUACAUUGGCGUUGUCCCAGUUAACGUCAGCUGCACCCGUACUGACUUCAACAUCCAGAUUCCGAGCCAGUCUGUCCCUCGGCUGGAGAGGAGCCACAUCUACCUGGGUACACCAUCCUGUGCUGCCCAACUCUCUGGCAGUAACUUUAAGAUCUAUGCCCGCUUUGAUACAUGUGGGACAGAACCAAAGAAAAGGAACAACACCUCAGUCAUUGUGAGCACACUUUAUAUCGAUUUCUCUCUGGGUGCUCAGGAGGACAUUCAUCAGUACGAGGUGCAGUGUGAACCCAAGAGGAAAGAAGCCUCCAUACGUAUCCUGUCUGGGUCAGACCCGGCUCAGCUCCAGGGACUGGUGGAGAAUACUGAGCAGUCCCAGCUUCCAGAGGCAGAGGCAUCAGAGAGCAGCGAUCGGGGGCAGGAUAGCAGCGACGUGGUCUUCAUCAGCAUCUGUAUAUUGGCUGGAAUCCUCAUGAUCAUUGCAGUGGUGGGGUUGGUUCUACUGUGACCCUAUACCUCAGACGAAGAGCAGCAUAAUCACUAUGACAAUCAUUGCAAAGCAGGAAGGUCUGGAAGAAUGAGGUGCUAUUAGUCAAGAACUAAUCUUAUACAGAUAAGGAAGAAACCGUCCAUCCCACAGAACUAAAGUCUGAUGUAAAAAUCAUUUGAGGACUACUUACCCGAUUAUUUAUUUUUUAUGUAUGCCAGGUUACAUUACUCAAAGACAAAUCUAGGCAAGGAAAUCCAAGAAAACCACCAAAAGGGCAACUCAGAUUUUAAAAUAAAUGUUCCCAGUGCCAGAUUAAGCAUUGGUUUUAGAA